AUGACCCAGGACUUUGCGGGAAACUUCUACCGCGUCUGGGUUAAGAUCAAUGUUCACAAGCCUCUCAAGAAUGCGGUUUCCAUGAUCCGCAACGGCAAGCGACAGAUCUAUCGUGUGAAGUAUGAGCGCCUCCCAGACUGGUGUGUUGUUUGUGGCCACUUAGGGCAUGUCUUCAAGGAGCAUGGAGAUGGUAUUCAUCCUCCAUCAGCCCUAUACUUCAAGGACCUGAGGGCCACAUGGAAUAUGCGAGUCGGUGCUGGCCCUGGAGCUGGCCGUGCCCGCCGCCCGCCUCCCACCGCCAGCAGCCCCUCCGCCCGCCUCCAGCCGGCCCUCUCGGCAAGACGCCAGCAGGCAGCCGCCAGCAGCCCCGCCGCCUACACGAACGGGCACCUGCGUCCACGAACGGCCGCCGCCUCGACGACCGAUCCCGCCACGUCGACGAUCCGCAGGUCGCCGUCACGUCCACGAUCCGUCCCCCGCACGAACAACCCCGGCCCCGAAGUAUCUAGUAUGGAAGAAUACGGAGAAGUUUAUUGCUCCGUGGAGAAGUGGUGCACGCUGGUCAGCCAGUUAAACGCCAGGCAACGAACGCGGCUACGUGGCACCAGCUUGCAGAAUUUUUUGCAGAUACCUAGCAUGCAAAUGCGAAAGUGUUUGCUUAAAUACAUCAUUCAAAAAUAUGACCCGAUUAAAAAAAGAUUCGUGUUGCGUCCGACAAAAGGUGGCAUAUCCUUGCGGACGGAUGAUGUCUUUCAUAUUUUUGGCCUUGUGAAUAAGGGCAAAGAUGUUAUGAAGGCAUUAGGUAAAAUGGACGAGUACGUGAAGGAAAUGGUUCCUUCUAAGUUCGUAGACGCGCGAAGUGGAGAAAUAGUGAUCGAUCAGUUGAUCAACAACAUAGUUUCGAGUGGGACGUAUGAUGACGACUUUGUGCGGCGAGCGGUAUUAGUCCUCAUUGGCACAAUAAUAGCACCGCACUCCACCAGACAUGUUCCACAUUUUCUUUACCAGUUGGUGGAGGACGUCGAAGCCAUAAAAUCAUAUAACUGGAAUGCGUUCACGUUACGCGUCUGCAUUGAAGGAAUCACAAAGACUGUUAAAGAUGUUAAAAAAUUCAAGUGGCCUGUUGGAAAUCUGGCGCUCAUCCAGUACAUGUACUGGGAGAAGGUGCAACCAACUUUAGUAGAAACAUUCGAUCCUUUGUUGUCGGAGUACCCAUUGAUGGUAAAUUGGUCCGAAAUGGAGGCUAAGAAGCGUGACAUAUAUGACAACGAGAACGACCGUGGUCAUGGCACGAUUGAUGAUUUAAUAAGCGAACAAUAUAGACAUGCCAGAAUAGCAAAAGAAGCAAUAAUCGAAGAGGAAGAUACCGAGCCACCUUCACCUAAAGGUGGAGGCAGAACUAGAAAAGGUUGUAAGCCCACAGCUUCAUCGAGCAGAGGCGGUACGAAAGAACACUUCAUGAAAUGCAUAAGAGAUAUGCAGAAAGAGAUACGUCUAAUUCCUGAGAAAUGUGCUGAGAUAUUGCUCAACAAGCUAAGUAAGAAGGGUUUGCUGGUGAAGCGAAGUUGGGACUUCCGUGAUGACCGCGCUUUUGAGGACGAAAGUGAUGAGUUGGUGAGAAAGUACAAGCCAAAGUAUCAUACGGAAGUUACUUCAUCUCCUUUGGAAGAACGCGAGGAGGAGGAGAUGGAUGCAUCCUUCACGGGUCCAAAUGGUACGAACUUUCCCAAUGACGAAGGCAUGCCCAGUACACCUGGUAAAGGUGUUGAAAACGACCCCUUUAUUAUUGAGGAUAAUGGUUCACCCAAGGAAGCAUCACCAUCAUUAGGCACGAAUGAUUUUCCUUCUCUUACUAGAAACCCACAGAAAGAAAAUGCAGUAUCAGUCGGGUCUAGUGCUGAAAAUUCAGCGGAAGGUACUUACCCUAGUCCGGCAACAAUCUGUAAGGACGCGAUUAAUAAUGGGACUGAGGAGCAUGAUGGGAAGCGGAAACGCCAACAGUCAAAGUAUUGUCGGUCCCCCUUUAUUAUUGAGGACGGUCCACACAAACGUGUGAAAAAAAGUCUGUUUCGUAUGCGUGAUGUUCUCCUUAGUACGGACUUUAUGGAUGAGAAUCAGAUAGAGGGGGCGAGGAUUUAUAUCGACACGCUAGCAGACUCGCCGAAGCAUUGUAAGCAGACUGUGGUCCACAUGACGAGAAUAGGUGGGGAAACGUGUACGGCGGAAAUGCUUCAAGCUAUCACUUCGGGCGACUGGUUGAAUGGCGCUGUCAUCAAUUGUUAUUCGAACCACUUGCUGACUACUACUCCUAUGGCUGAUCGGCAUGUUCUAACAUCAUGGGUGUCAUACUGCCUCAUACAGCGCGCUAAAGGAAAGCUGAAAAACUCGAACAUGAACUACAUGGAAUUUUUCACGAAAGAAUCAAAAACUGUGUCAAGAGUAAUUGACGAGUACUUCGCAAAAGAUAAGGCAUUUUUCCCUCUGAAUGUGAACAAGAAUCAUUGGAUAACCAUUGUCAUGCACACGAAGAAGAAAGAGUUUCAAGUUCUAAAUUCUACUGGUAAAAUAAGCAAGGCAGUUCAUGCGAAGAUUGCUUUGAUGAGGGCAGAAAUUGCUGUAGAUACAAAUCAGGUCAACUCUGCUAUAGGUACACAUCAUCCAGAUGUGUCUAAAUGGCCAAUAAAGGAGUACAAAAUGCCGAGACAAAGUGACGGAGUGUCUUGCGGACUUUUCGUGAUGAAAUGCAUCGAACUCUGGGACGGGGAUGCCUUCAGACAUGACUUUGACCAGGACGAGAUCAAUUCUUUAAGGGGACGCAUUCUCGCGGAAAUACUUUUUUCAGAGAGCAACACACUGACUAAGGUGAAGGAGAAGAUUCUGAAAAUUAUGGAGAAGGAAUAAGUGCCAGCAAGUGUGUAGGGUUUUUGCCCACCACAUGAUUAUGCCUAUUUAGUACCAUUUCAUUAUUGUAAUAAUGGCAGAAUUUUGGUUUUAGCCACGUACAUGAUUAUGCCUAUUUGAUACCAUUUCAUUAUUGUAAUAAUGGCAGAAUUUUGGUUUUAGCCACGUACAUGAUUAUGCCUAUUUGGUGGUUCGUACCAUCUGUUUUAUUAUUGUAAUAAUGCCACAAUAUCUUUUUUUCGCACAUAGAUUAUUAUGGCUAUUUGGU